GAGGCCCAAAGAAGACAGGACUCCCUCCAGGGGUCAAACCCAGAGCUAGCCCCACCCCACUCCCCAUCGCCUGUGAUCUAGCCCUGUGCUCUUUCUCAGCCUCUCCAGGCAGGACAAAGGGAACCUAAAAGGAAGCUUUGGCAGGGCCCACCCUGCAGGGUGUGCUAUGAGAGAGAUGCUCAGGCCAGAGGACAAAACCAUCUGAGAAGGAUGGGUGUGGAAGGAAAAACCAUCACUCGUUCACCCAUCGUUCAUUCCUGAUGUACUUACUAAUGUCUACUGUAAGAUAAGUACUGUUCAACUGCUGGCACUUCCUCUGUCCCUUUGACUCCCGGUUUCUUUCCUUGAUCGUCUGUGUCACUAUCAUCAAGACAGAGUGGGCUUUUCUCCUCCUUGGUUCUGGUGAUUUGACUUCUCCCUGUGGGGAGUCCCAGUGGACGCCCCUGAGCAACAGCCCUGAGCAGGUAGAGCUGUGCACUGGCUCCCGAAAAGCUCUGUCUGAGCCUCCAUCUCCUGCCCUGGCCUCGGGCCGCAGGUCAGCCUGGAGCAGCCAGUGCCAGCCUCCGGGGACCAGCAGGGCAGGCAGCUGUGCAUCCUGCGUCAUGAAUAAUGAAUCCCCAGUGCUGCCAGUGCCUCUGGCUGGCAACCUCAUUGCCUCGGUGGGAGCUUCGGCCACCUGGUGUGCAGAGCCAGGAGCCAGCCGAGAGACUCAUGGAAACCCUGACAAGCAGCUGAGCCCAGAACCAUCACCCUCCAGCCACUGCCCCAGGAAGGAGGUCACAGUGGACCUGCUCAGCACCAGGCCACCACCCCUGGGCUCAGCAAACAGCAGCAAGGACACAGAGGGGAACUCCCUCCUCCUGUUAAAAGAAAGCAGACGCACUCCUCAGGCUCAUCGGCUGGGGAGCCCCUCACGGUCCAGCCCCACUGAGCACUCUCGGACACUGUUGGGAACAGGUAGAGCCAGAGCAGCACGGGACAGGCAGAUGUGAGAGGGCAGCAAAAAUGGCCCCACCCCCGCUGGACCUUCGACUCCCGCCUUGAUCUUUGACUCCUCUCGGGUAAGGUCUUUUCUAGUGCUGUCUGGAAAUUUGAUGCCCUGUGCUCGGUCACUGCACAUCUCCUCUGUUGCCUUCUGAAAUCCUCGCUCCUGAAAGAACGCCCAUCCGCUUCUUCACGUUCUGGGAUAAAGUCUUGUCCCAGGCAGAGAUGGGCUCCUGAAGGUCGGAUGACUUCUGAGCCUGGCCAGAGGAGACAGGUAGCCAGAAGCUCAGCCCAGCCUCAACAUGCAGGUGUCAUUCGUGUGCUCCGAGCACAGCCUCAAGGGCCGAGGCCCUGAAGAGCGGCUGGGUCGGCCGUCAGCCAGCAGCCCCAGCCCAGGCACCCGCAGCCGCUUCCGUGCUGUGGCCAUGGUGGCCCGGAGCUUGGGACAGCUGUCGGUGCAGAGCAUUCCAAGCACUGGAGAUGCCAGCGUGAAGCAGCCAGGGAUGAAUUAUAGGAAUCUGGGCAAGUCUGGCCUGCGGGUCUCCUGCCUGGGGCUCGGAACAUGGGUGACCUUUGGAGGCCAGAUCACUGAUGAGAUGGCAGAGCAGCUAAUGACCUUGGCCUACGACAAUGGCAUCAACCUCUUUGACACUGCAGAGGUCUACGCAGCUGGCAAAGCUGAAGUGGUGUUGGGAAGUAUCAUUAAGAAGAGAGGCUGGAGGCGAUCCAGUCUUGUCAUCACCACCAAGAUCUUCUGGGGUGGAAAAGCAGAGACUGAGAGAGGCCUCUCCAGGAAGCACAUAAUAGAAGGUCUGAAGGCUUCCCUGGAGCGGCUGCAGUUGGAAUAUGUGGAUGUGGUGUUUGCUAACCGCCCGGACCCCAACACGCCCAUGGAAGAGACCGUGCGGGCCAUGACCCAUGUCAUCAACCAGGGGAUGGCCAUGUACUGGGGCACGUCGCGCUGGAGCUCCAUGGAGAUCAUGGAGGCCUACUCAGUGGCCCGGCAAUUCAACCUGAUCCCGCCCAUCUGCGAGCAGGCCGAGUACCACAUGUUCCAGCGCGAGAAGGUGGAGGUGCAGCUGCCUGAGCUGUUCCACAAGAUAGGUGUGGGCGCCAUGACCUGGUCCCCUCUGGCCUGCGGCAUCGUCUCGGGAAAGUAUGACAGUGGUAUCCCGCCCUACUCCAGAGCCUCCCUGAAGGGAUACCAGUGGCUGAAAGACAAGAUCCUGAGUGAGGAGGGACGGCGCCAGCAGGCCAAGUUGAAGGAACUGCAGGCCAUUGCCGAGCGCCUAGGCUGCACCCUCCCACAGCUGGCCAUAGCCUGGUGCCUGAGGAACGAGGGGGUCAGCUCCGUGCUCCUGGGUGCUUCCAAUGCAGAGCAGCUCAUGGAGAACAUUGGGGCAAUACAGGUCCUUCCAAAACUGUCAUCUUCCAUUGUCCACGAGAUAGAUAGCAUUCUGGGCAAUAAACCCUACAGCAAAAAGGACUACAGAUCCUAAAUUGCUCCCCCACUACCCGCUUGGACAGUUUCCGGUUCCCUCCUCGUCUCUGUUUGCUCGCUUAUGCUGUUACGAAACCAAGUGCAGAGUGUGGUUUGCAUCCAAGGGAAAACACCACACCCAGACAUCGUUGGGAAAUGAUCUCCGAAGUCACCGCCAGAUGCCACCCGCUGCUCCUCUGGACAAUGUCGGAUUUGUGCCGGCUCAUCCUCCAAGCAGAAACCGAGUUUUCUCCCAGCUACAGUGAAGAUUCCCCAAGACAAGGCUAGGUGGAGACCUGGCCAGGUCCUCUGGGCAGGCAGGGCUGGCCUCUCUGCUGAGAACCCUCACCUGGGAAGAGGAGUCUAGUGCUUCCUGGGGUCCCCUCUACCAGGGCCCUGGUGGUUGGGGUGGGAGCGACCCUCUUUCCAAGGUACUUUCUGUGCUGCCCAACUCCGAUCCCCCUCAUCGCCCUUCUCAACUCCAACCUGCCCCCCACCCCACCCCCAUGCCCACUAGACCUCGAUAGGGACCACCCCUACCCUUGCUGGCAGGGGCAGGGAUCCCAGGGGUAUUGACUCUGUGGUUUGGGAUUCACAAAAAUUGUGUGUGAGGGUCUGAUUUCUAGCUAAUUGCCCCAUCUCUUCAACCCUGUACACAAUCGGUGAGUCACAUGCCAGAGAGGCCUAGAGCACUUGGGAGGGAAUCAGUGCAGCAGGCUCCUCUGUCCUUGCCCCAGAAGGCCCUGUGGUUGAGCAAUGCAGGCCAGACUGUGGCUGCUGUCCACAAGGUAUGCAGAUGGCUGCAGGCUGGGCCCACGUGCACAAGGCAGUGUUCCUCUAGGCCUCUACCACCUCCAUCCUGUGCUGGGGUGGUAGACCUGGGUUCCACACAGAGAACACACUUACACCCUUUCAGUGAGGGAGAGUCCCUCGGCCUUCUCUGCUGCAGGGGCCGGAGGGCAGCGCUGCAGCAGCAGCACUCCAGCAGCAGCAGCACUCCAGCAGCAGCACUCAUGUUGUAGGAGAACAUCCCAGGACCCACUCCCUGGAGAUACGACGAGAACUGGCUGUUCCCCUCCAUGCACCCCCAACCCUGUCUAGGACAGGUUGGGGAGAAGAGGAAAGGGAGGGACAGCAGGAAGGCAGAGCACCAGCCCCUUAGCAGUAGGGGUUGGCUGGCGCACGGUGACGCCAGGAAGCCCGCAAAUUUAGGGAGACAGGCUGCCUGGAGAUUCAGUCCUGUGGUGCCAAGGUCCUAGCAGUACCCAGCCUUUGCGGGCUAUGUGGAGACAGGGUUCUACAGAUCCCAACAUGUGCCAGCUGGCUCCAUAAGAGACCUGAACCUUCUGCCCACAGCGCACGCCAUCCCGAUGCAGGCACAUCUGUUCCUGCUUUGCCUUUCAGAGCCACUAUUCCGAGGAGAAGACUCCUCCCUGCCUCUCUCCAAGGGCCUGUUGUGGGCGGAGGCCUGGGAAACUCACUGUAAGAAAGCCACAAAGACCGAGGGGGAGGAGGGCAGCAAGGGGGGGGCACUUGGCUUCCUCCAUUCCCCACUGCUCUCCUGCUGAUUCUGGGGCCUAGAACCUUUGCCCCACUGUAGCACAAGCCUGAGGGCCUUCUUCACCAAGGCCUGCUAUAAGCCUCACCAGAAACAGCCCUGUGGGUGUGUUGAGGGGCCACUGCCCACCCCACUCCCAGCCCCGCUGAGGUUGGGGGCUGAGGCCACUCCCCUCUGUGCCAGGAUUGGAGGUGCCUGCUGCCAGGCCAGAGCCCUACAGCGAGCCAGUGGUAGUGAAGGUUGGACCGCCCACCUCUUGUUGGCAGGGAGUGUCCAGCCCUGUGCACACAGCUGCCCCCAGAGGUGGACAGGGUGUGCGUGGCUGUCCAGUGUGGGCUAUUGCUUUCUAGAAAAGCCAAGCCCCUGCAAGGACCCCAGGUGAGCUUAGCAGAGACCACAUGUGGCAUCCCAGACCCAGGCAUCCUCCAUCGGGCCUGGCACUUCAGCAACCUGGUUUCUUCCAUGUCCACUUGCAGGAAGGGUGGAGCUCUGCUUCUGGGGGCAGGUCCUCCACGCAGGAAGGGAUUGCAGUGAGGGAGGGGCUUUAGGUGGGACCACCGAAGGAAGAUGACUAUGAACAGACAGAGCCUACCAAGGGAAAACUGGCCACUGGCCCUUGAGGGCACAGCCACAGGUCUGGGGCCAGCUGCUCUCUCCCUGGUCCCCAGGUCUCACCUCCAUGAUCCCCAGCCAGCUCUGGCCGCCUUCCAGCCUCCCUCACCCCAUUCUCCAUGAAGCACAGGCCCUGACUUGGGUCUCGCCAGUAGUGACUGACCUGGGAUGAGGGUUCCUUGCUGAAACACAGAGCCCCACUAUCUCUCAUCCCAGCCUAUGGUCGGAUCCAAGGUCUUCAGAAGCAGCAGGGGCAACUCCCGCCCUGCUCUUGUCCAGUCAUGUACGUAACGUGCUCUCUCCCCCUUUUUUAAUGACCAUCAGCUAACUGCACCCCCACCAGGCAGAGACCACCGUGCGCCUCAAGCUUCCCAGCAAGACUCAGACGAGGCCUGGCCAUGUAUUUAUGGAAUGACAAAUAAAACCCAAGCCCGUCAGUCACGGUGCCUUUGGUUCUUUCUUUUCCAGGGUCAGGGCUGAGCCAAGAGCAGCUCCAGAGGGGAGGACAAGACCACCAACUGUAAGGACCCCACUGGGGCCUCCCCAAAAUCUGUGCCUGUAG